AUGGACGUGUGGGGCCCUGCCCGCGUCCGUGGACUCGGUCACGAGCGCUACUUCCUGUUGGUGGUUGACGACUACUCGCUGUUACACCACAGUCUUCCCCUUGCGCAGCAAGGGUACGCGGCGCAUCAGAUCAACCUCCACCCCAGGGUCUCCAGGCCGGAGACCUCCCCAGCCCUGCUGUGGACGGGGAAGGUUGGCGAUGCGUCGGCGUUCCGAGUCUGGGGAUCUCGGGCGUUUGUCCGCGACUUGUCUGCGGACAAGCUGUCCCCUCGCGCUGCUCCCUGCGUCUUCCUGGGGACGUCACGUUCGACUGAGUCGGUACCCUACUACCGCCUCUUCCCCUACCGCACUCCUUCCCUUCCCCCGCCCCCGCUCUUCUUGGUACCAGGUCCCCCCCCGGUAGACCCCCUCCCCCCUCAGGGUCCUGCCCCUUCAGGUGUGUCCCAGGUAGACGCGGUCGAGCCUGUCGAGGUCACUUGUGACUUUGGUGCUGCUGCGGGAGCUGAGCCUGGGGGUGCUGAGCCUGGGGGUGCGGAGUCUGGGGGUGGUGAGCCUGGGGGUACUGAGCCUGGGGGUGCUGAGCCUGGGGGUGCUGAGCCUGGGGGUGCUGAGACUUGGGGUGCUCCGCCUGGAGGUCUUUUGCCUGAGGGUGCUGAGUCUGGAGGUUCUCCGCCUGGAGGUGCUUCGUCUCGCCGAGAGCCACUCUCCCCACAGGAGCUGCGUGAGUGGUUUGCCCGGCGCUGGAGGCGUAUUGCUGGUGCUGGAGGUUCUUCGGCUGCAGAGGGUGCUGCUGCCGCGUGUCCCGGAGGUACUCGUGCUGUGGGUGCUCGAGCUGCUGGGCCUGCUGGUUCUCCUGGAGCUGGUGCUGCUGAGGGUGUUGGCGCUGAGACUACGGCUGGCGGUCUGACAGGCAGUGCUCCUGGUGCUGCUGGGAGUUCUGGAGCUGCUGCUGGUGCUGCUGGAGGUGCUGCUGGAGGUGCUGCUGGAGCGGGUACUCCUGCUGGGGGUACUGGUGCUGUCCCUACUGUUUCUGGCGUCGCCACGCGGCCCCGACCGUACUUCGCUCCGCUCCUACAGCAGGUUCUUGGUCUUACACCUUCUCCUGGUCCUCCUCCGCCUCCCUUAGAGGGUCUACAGCCUGUCCAGUCCCAGUCACAGCUACAGCCUGCCUCCCCUUUGCCUGCUCCUUCUCCCUACGCUGGUCCGACUGGAGGUCUUACUGAGCGUCGUGAGCCUGCGUCUCGUCCUGCGUCGCCUGUUCGCCCUGCACGCACUAGUGGUCGCGGUUCGCGUCAGCGUCCUCCUCCUGUCCCUGGCACGCACCGGAUGUCUCUGCGCCCGUCCACUGCUCCUCUGCGUGCCCCUUUGCCUUCUCCUCCUGAGUCCUCUCUUCCUACUCUUGCCGACCCGGAGUCGGACUCUCUUCGUGCUGCCAGUCCCACUAUCACGCGUCUCCUUGCUACUGCUGUCACUGACCCUUCCUUCGAGUCGUCUGCUGCGUCUUGCCCUUGCACGGACGUCCUUGAGGACAGGCAGGAGGAGUUCCAGUGUCUGGCCGCCGCUUCACCUCAUCUCGCGUCUGAGGCGAUAGAGGGUCCCUACUCCUCUCAGUGGCAGGCAGCUAUGGAUGCAAAGAUGGCUUCCUGGAAGUCCACAGGCACCUACGUUGACGCUGUUCCCCCUCCUGGGGCGAACAUCGUCAGUGGCAUGUGGAUUUUCAGGGUGAAGCGGCCGCCGGGUUCUCCGCCUGUCUUCAAGGCGCGUUACGUGGCUCGUGGCUUCAGUCAGCGGCAGGGAGUUGACUACUUUCAGACCUUCUCCCCCACCCCGAAGAUGACCACUCUUCGGGUACUGCUGCACGUUGCUGCUCACCGUGACUACGAGCUGCACUCUCUCGACUUCAGCACUGCUUUCUUGCAGGGCAGCCUGCACGAGGAGAUCUGGCUGCGUCGCCCACCUGGCUUCACUGGGUCUUUCCCUCCUGGUACCCAGUGGAGUCUCCGGUGUCCAGUCUACGGUCUCCGCCAGGCGCCACGUGAGUGGCACGACACACUGAGGACUACGCUGGCGGCACUUGGGUUUGCUCCUUCUACUGCCGACCCGUCGCUAUUUCUGCGCACCGACACCUCUCUGCCGCCGUUCUACAUCCUCGUGUACGUCGACGACUUGGUCUUUGCCACAGCUGACACUGCUGGACUCGCCCACGUGAAGUCCGAGCUGCAGAAGAGACACACGUGCACUGACCUGGGUGAACUGCGCAGCUACCUUGGCUUGCAGAUCACCCGGGACAGAGCACGCCGCACCAUUACCCUGACUCAGUCACACAUGGUGCAGCAGGUCCUUCAGCGCUUCGGCUUCACGUACUUCCUCGCCUCAGGCCACUCCUAUGCCUACUCGUCACUCGCUCUCAGCUCUGCCUUCGGAUGA